UGAACCUUCUAUACGUAUAGGUAAUACAUCCCUGAGCAACUUACACCGCUAUAUCCCAGCAUAGGCCAUCAGCUCGCGCUAUGCCGUGACCUCCAUGCUUUGCGCUGAACGACACCUCUGCGAGCCGCGCAUUCCCUCGAAGGCGUCAAAUUUUGGUGUAUCUUGAAUAUAACCGGUGCUCUAUCACUCAGUUUCCCUUACUAUCCCCCUUCACGCGCCGUUUCCCAUUCCCCUUGUGCUCUACUAGGAAGAACACCCACCGGCUUGUUUCGCUCGGACCAUCUGCUCCUUGGUUCCGUUCGUCGAUUGAAAAAGCACUCUCCCGAGACUUAUAGCGCCAGUACCCAACAUGCUGCAGUUCUUUCGUAACAUUAGCAAGCUCUUCUCUCCCCAACCACAUCCCGACAAGUCGACGACGCCAAUGUCUAAGCCGCACGUCCGCAUUCCUCACAUUGUCCAGAGUACCCCGAGCAGUAGCACGCCACAUGAGCUGCUGGACAUCCUGGCGCAAAACGAUAAUGCAGAUCCUCACCGUGAUCAGACGCUUCGCGACUGCCUUGUCGACGAGGUGGGCCACUACCGCAGCUCUACUGGGAGCAAGGGCGCGCAUGAAGUCGUCAUUGUACGCUUUCACCACGAUACCUCUGACGACAACGGCAUGGUUCAUACGGACCGUCGCGCGGCUAAGUUCGAGCGGCUCAAGCAAGACCACCAGGAUGAUAACACGGGGUGUACUCCGCGGAGUUCCACGCCGCUGGUGGAUAUCACCCGUGAGCAGCUGGACCCAACGACCACCGAGAAUCGCGACAGAGUCUCAUUCGUCGAAAAUCCCAGCUGCUGGCUCUCGAAAUACGAGCUCGUCGCGUCCUUUACCCCUCUACCCGGCAAACUGGAUAUCGUUGACUGUGCCGCGGCUGCCCACGUCCUCACGCAGCGCGCCGUGCACUACACCACUCUCCAGUACAUGUGCAUGUGGUAUGCGCGUAUGCUGUUCGAGACCCUGCGCCGCCUCGCUGGGAGUCCACCUGUGCAGGAUGGACCCGUGAUGCGGGACGCCGGCAAGUUUGGUAUGUUCCGCAUGAUCAACACAGAAGGUCGUCUGAAGCUGCGCGAACCGGAGAGAACGCUGGACCAGGCGGCGAGCCAGGUGGUCACGCUGCUGCAUCUGCGCGUUCCUCCGACCUCUACUCCGACCUCUAAUUCGAACGACGACAAGCCGUCUGAAACUAUGCUGGACGCCUUUCUGCACGAGUUUCAAGACGCGCGGGGCUCCACGACGAUAGAGCCACUGCGCGAGGUCGAGGCGCAGGUGAAGACCGUGCGCGAUCACCAGUGGGAUAUCAUAAGGGAGGCUGCGAAGGUCGCGCGGGACGCGUGCGAUCGUCUCAACGCCGCGGAGAGGCUGCAGCGGGAGAAUGAUCUUCUACGCGCGCAGAGAGACGCGGAAAGCUCACGGUAUGAGCUGCUGCGUGCGCGAAGCGCCGCCGAGCGCCAGGAGCUUCUCAGGCUACGCGCACAGCUUGCCAAGUAUAACGGUAACUAGUCUACAGGACCAUCGGCUAUUGGCAGCGCUGGCCUUCGCUAGUUUCCUCACGUACGCCUCGCAGAUUUUGUAUUCCUGCACACAUCGUGAUCAUCGUGUCGGUGUUCCUUGUCUGUUCUCUGGUCAGGUCUUUGUUCUGUCUUCUUGUUGGUGUAUCGCAGUGCAAAGUCUCCCUCGCUGUGUUCUUACUGAUACUACCAUGUACGAUAUUCUUUAUGCUCACUUGUUCCGCCUU